AUGAACUGCGGGGAGCAGCCAUUCCUGCCGCACGAGCCAGCCUACAUCGAGCAGCACGGUCUGUUCAACCAAGUGCCGUACAUCACCGGCGUGACCAAGAGGGAAUCUGCCUCCUUCGUCACCGAGAAGAUGAUGUCACAAGCUUCCUACUGGCAGGACAUCAACAACGACCUGGAGCAGGUGGUGCCCGUCACUCUGGGCCUCGCUAAAGGUUCCCAGAAGUCCAAGGAAGUGGCUCAGAAGGUGAAGAGCUUCUACUUCGGCAACAAGACCAUUUCGUACGAGAACCGCGAGCUGUGGAUAUCGCUGCAGACCGAUCUUUUGUUCGUCACAGGCGUCAUUCAGACGGUACACACACACGCUAAUCACUCAGCCAGCAAGACAUACAACUAUCAGUUCGUGUAUGGCCAUUCCGGCCACGCUAUGGAGCUUAUUUUCGUUCUAUACAACGGGAAGAUGCAAGGUGAGAGUUCCAACUCAGUGAAGAUCGCAAGGAUUGUUGGAGGACUGUGGACGAGCUUCGCCAAGACAGGGGUGCCCAGUGUUGAGGGAGUGGCGGCAUGGAAACCGGUGACGUCAAAUGGCAGCUACCCCUACCUCGAGAUUAGUCUCUCUCCGGUACUCAAGUAUAACUUGGAGAAGGAGCAUAUGGACUUCUGGGAAAACAUUUACAACGAGUACGGUAAUUGA